AUGGUUUCCAUACGACUCACCCAGGAUGAAAUGCACCACCUUUCGGAAGAGCAGGGAAAUGGCCAGACGCGCUGCUGUGUACAGGCGACGAAUGCGACACCAGCUGGGUCGCAUGUGACUUUUGGUUAUCUGAACAAAGGAGCUGCAAAUGUCAUAUUCAAGAUCAGACCCGAGACCAGCACUGUCGCGACACGUUUCCAGUUCGUCGAUGUACUUUCCAAAGACAAAAAAACUGGCGUAGCAACAUCAGUACCCCAUCGAAGCCUGAUGGGAAGAGUCCUCCGCGUACCCAGAGGCGGCCAGAAACAUCUUUCGUCCCUAGAAAUCCUGGACGGCUUCGAGCAUGCAAUCCGGCCACUCUUCCUCCCAGGUCCACGGAACAACCCCCAACAGCCCGCUCGCGAUCUCACAAAGCACCUCAUGGACCACGAAGGCGUAUUGCUCCUACCAGACGUCAUGAGCCACCUCUACACGCGCGUCGAAAAGCACACCUUCGCAACCCCACAGUCGCGACGAAAGUGCUGGGGCAUCCUCCUCCCAGACAUGUCGCCCACACCCGGUACAUCCAUCACCCUCGAAGUAAAACCGAAAUGGCUCGCGCAAUCCCCCAACGCACCCGCUGGAGCAAUCCGCUGCCGCACCUGCGCCAUGCACGUUUCCGUACCCAAGAAACGGGAUAACUAUAUCUGUCCCCUGCAGUUACUGCAUGGAAACUCCUCGUCCCUACUACCAUGGUCCCAAGCAACAGUUUCCCAGCAAUUCGACAGCAAUACUGGUAAAGAAACCCGACCAUCCCCCGUCGUCAUCUCCGCGCUUGUAAAAGCUCUUGUGGAUUACCUUACCAUCGGCGACGGCCUCGCGCUCCUGCAACACCUCCUCAAUCUGCAGAGUUCGCUUGAUCCGCGGGGUGUGCUUUGUCGACCUAAGAGUAGUGCGGAGGCAUUUGAUCACAAUCUUAGGCUGGCCAUGACGCUGAGGGACUGUUCGAUGUUCAUCAAGGUUGCGUACGAUAAGGCUGGUGUUACGGGGAUAGAAUCGAAAUUAGGGGAUUUGGACUUCAAGUCUGCGGAGAAGAUUGUGGAUUGGAUGGAUAAGGAGAGGGGGUUAUUGCUGGAUGGGUCGUAUACGAAGAAUGUGAAGGAGGGGCCGGUGUGUUGGCUUCAGAGGGGUUUGGGCGUUUGA